AUGCCAGCAAGAUCCAGUGCUCAGCUGGCCUGGCUCUGCAUUGUCACUGUGUCUGUGGCGAUCUACCCAGCGCUGCUGCAGAAGCCUCCUAAAAGGAGGACACUCAAUGGGAAUGCACAGUCCAAGUUGACAGGCUGCUGUGAAGAGAUUAAAGAGCUCAAGCUGCAAGUAGCCAACCUGAGCAGAAUGCUGCAGGAGCUGAGCAAGAAGCAGGAAGGCGACUGGGUGAACGUGGUCAUGCAAGUGAUGGAGCUGGAAGGGAGCACCAAGCAGAUGGAGUCCCGCCUCAUUGAUGCGGAGAGCAAAUACUCCGAAAUGAACAACCAGAUAGAUAUCAUGCAGCUCCAGGCAGCUCAGACGGUCACGCAAACUUCAGCUGUAGAUGCUGUCUAUGACUGCUCUUCACUCUACCAGAGGAACUACAGGAUCUCUGGGGUUUACAAGCUACCUCCUGAUGAAUUUUUGGGGAGUCCAGAGCUGGAGGUGUUCUGCGACAUGGAGACAGACGGAGGUGGCUGGACUAUCAUCCAGAGACGUAAAGUUGGUUUGACCUCUUUCAAUAGGGACUGGAAACAGUACAAGGAAGGAUUUGGCAAUAUUCGGGGAGAUUUUUGGCUGGGAAAUGAGAAUAUCUACAGACUUUCAAGGCGCCCCACUGUUCUGCGAGUAGAGCUGGAGGACUGGGAAGGCAACAUACGCUACGCACAAUAUAAGCAGUUCACCCUGAGCAAUGAAAUCAACAGCUAUCGCCUUUUUGUGGGGAACUACACUGGCAACACAGGGCGGGAUUCCCUCAGGUACCACAACAACACAGCCUUCAGCACGAAGGACAAGGACAACGACAAGUGCGUGGACGACUGCGCCCAGUUCCGUAAAGGUGGAUAUUGGUACAACUGCUGCACAGACUCCAAUCUGAAUGGGGUUUACUACCGGAAAGGAGAACACACCAAGAACAUGGAUGGGAUCACCUGGUACGGAUGGCAUGGAUCAACCUAUUCCCUGAAGAGAGUUGAGAUGAAGAUCCGGCCAGAGGAUUUCAAACCAUAGAGAGAACCAGUAUUUGUUUGUACAGUUUCCUUAUGCUACUGCACAGAAGGUGGGCAAUGAACUGCUCAAAAUCAACCAAAUAAUAGUUCAUUUCAUCUAAUAUGUGCAACAGCUACAUACUGGCUAUGU